GUUGCAUGGGUGACAUCACUGGCUUUUGGCUCAGCGCUCUGUAUUCUCCAUCUGUAGGCUUUAGCCAAGGCUGCAGGGCUCGGUGUUUGAACAAGGAAAGAUUCCCAGGUGUACAGAAGAUUGGAUUCGCUUUCAUUUGGGUUAAAAACGGUGGAAUGAGAUUUCUAAAGCUUGGGGACUCCAGAUCGCCUUCUGUUGCACUUGAUCUCUACAAGAUGGGUGAGUUAUUCCCAUUAGAGAGAAAGGGAGUGGAAAUUUAAAGAGAAAAAAAAAUGUCUGAAUAUAUAACCGCUGAUGCUGGGGAUACAAUUCGUAUGAAGCUGCUGAGCUAAAAAUCUCAGCUCCAACGUGGAGAUCAGGCCGUAUGGCAGAGAAAUGGUGCAGACCGAAAGCUGUUGACAACAGUUAGGGGCUGCUUUCUUCUCCCCGUGCAAGGUGUGUAGCUCCUUUUCCUCCCCCUCCCCGGUUUGUUUUGGUUUGAUUUCUACCGACCUCCCUCCCCUCCCCAUUCCUUCGCAUCCUCUCAGCCAGCCCUAGCCCUGCCCGCCCGCCUUCAUCUUGCAGAUGGCUAACGUGCCGCCGUGCUAGCGAAACUGUGCGCGGCACAGACACAGCGCCGGGCACCGAGAGAGCUUGCCGGAUACCAGCGGAGGGCGGGGUGGUGGCGGGGUGCGUGUGUGUCGAAAAACGAUGCUGGGGCCGAGGACUGGUUCCAGUGCUGCCUAGCGGGAGGUGUGCGGCCGGCGGCGGCUGCUGCCGGGGCUGCCUGCGGCUGCUCUCGCUGCCUCUCCCCGGCCCGGCAGCCGAAGCGCUGCUGGGGCUCUCCGGGGGAAGGGAUCGUGGCAUUACGUUACCUUGAUGACAGCGCAGACGACAAAAGCAGGCGAGUGAAUGGCAAGGCUUGCGGAGAGAAGCCGAGGUGUUUCCGAAGCCAAGAUGUCAGUGACUGUCAGCCAAGUCUGCUAAGGGAGAGACCUGUGCAUGCCUGCGUUUCUACGUCCAGCCCAGGAGGUUACAUUGUACCCACGAUUCGAAACAGCAGCAGCAGCGACAACAACAACAGAUUGCUCCCCCGUCUUGCUCCCUCCCCUUCGACCCUGCUUUAAACCCAAGCAAGCGACCGACCGUCCAGACGAUGAUGCUUUUGCUGAGCCACUGACAAAGAAAAGGCAAGUCACCCAUUCCUGAAACCGGAUAACUGGCAGCUUGCAAGCGGGAGAUCUCUAGGUGUUGAACUUUUCUAUCCUGUGAUGAUGCCUUGGUGAGCCUGCGGAUGUGAAAGCCCUCUCCUUUGGAUUUUUGAGCUGGCCAGAUUGAAAGAGAUUAAUGGACUGAUCAACCGUAGCUUUCUGGUCUCCUCAGGGGGACAUAUCCCUUCAGCCCCUGGGUACUCCUGGUGAGGGGAGCAGGACAUCUUUGUGUAGGUGGAUCAUUGGCUGGAUUGUAUUUCUUCUCACCAGGUCUCCUCUGCAGAGGAGAAGAGGCAGAUGAGACUUUGGGACUGCCUCCAGGGCAGAACUUUGUAGCACUUUUAGCAUCCCUCUGCAGUGUUGACACGAGCCACUGAGUUGGGAAUAUUUGAGAUGGUCUCUACCAAGUGACACCUAGAAGUGGUUCCAGGGAUUUUUGCAUGGUCUCACACUCAAGGGCUUUGCCUGUUGUGAAGAUGUCUAUGGUGUUUCUGUGAGGCUGAGGUAUGGCUGCUGGAAGGUUACUGCUGUAUGCUGGCCUCUCUUUAGCUCUGUGUGCCCUGGGCAUGCUGGCUGUGGCAAUCUGCUCUGACCAUUGGUAUGAAACUGAUGCCAGGAAGCAUAGAGAGAGGUGCAAGAGCAUCACCACUAAGAGAAAUGAUCCUGGCUUCAUUUAUAACUCCAACAACAACCUGCCUCUCAGGGCCAGCAGGUCUAGGUUGGACCGCUGGGAAGGGAAACUCCUCUUGGCAAGAAACAGGAGGCAGAUCUUUGCUAUGAGCGCAGUCGAUGAGUGCAACAGACAGUACAACUCGACCAACAUGGGGCUCUGGAGGAAAUGCCACCGACAAGGAUUUGACCAAGAGCUGGAGGAGCUCAUUGCUAAAGGAGCAGUUGAGCGGUGCACAUACAUCAAGUACCACUACUCCUCAGCGACCAUUCCCAAGAACCUCACCUACAACAUCACCAAGACAAUCCGCCAGGAUGAGUGGCAUGCCUUGCAUCUGCGCAGGAUGACAGCUGGCUUCAUGGGCAUGGCUGUGGCCAUCAUCCUCUUUGGUUGGAUUAUUGGGGUGCUGGGGUGCUGUUGGGAUCGAGGCCUUAUGCAGUAUGUGGCAGGGCUUCUCUUCCUCAUGGGAGGAACCUUCUGCAUCAUUUCACUGUGCACAUGUGUGGCUGGAAUCAACUUUGAGCUCUCCCGCUACCCCCGCUACCUGUACGGACUUCCUGACGACAUCAGCCAUGGCUAUGGCUGGUCCAUGUUCUGUGCGUGGGGGGGGCUGGGCCUCACUCUUAUCUCUGGCUUCUUCUGCACUCUGGCUCCUUCUGUCCAGCCUGUCCCCAGGACCAACUGCCCCAAAUCUAGACCUGAGAAUGGGACAGUGUGCUAAAACAAACAGCAAACUAAUACACACACACAUAAACAUAUAUAUAUAUAUAUAGGCUAUGUAUACCUAUACAUGCAUAUAUAUGUAUAUAUAAUUCUAUCUAUAUAUAUAAUCUCAAAUUAAUGCUGGUGCCAAGGUAGAGCUGAGUCCAACAUGGCACUCACAUCUCCACCGGAUUCUGUGUUGCUUUGUUCUUUCUCACAGCAAUGGGAAAGCUUUUCUCUCACAUGGCUCUUCCAUACAGCUCUUAACUUCAGCAUCAUACCUUACAGGUUGAAUGAACAUACAGUUGCACCUACCUACCUACUGCCGUUUGGGAAGGGAAACAGGGAGUCCCUGUGGGGGUCUGAGACCAGAAUCUGCACAGGACAUGGAGGCUGGGGUAGGGAGGAUAAAAAAAGCCUGUCCAUUGCAGCCAGAAGACAAAACGCAAAGAGAAAUCAAAGGAUCAAAUCAAGCAUUUGAGCCUCCUCUACAACGUACCUCUUCAAGUUCACUAUCAGAAACCUUCCCACUUUCCUUUUCUUUCUUAAAACAAAAUGACAGAAGCCUGGGUUUUGGGGUAUUUUGUUUUGGUUUGGUUUUGUGGAUUUUGUUUUGGUUUGUUUGGUUUUUUGGGCCUUUUUUCCUUCUUAAGACAUGAAAAACCGAAAUGGACAGAAUGUGUGGGGAAAAGCAGAGAAGCAUUUUUUUUUUUGCCUAUCAAAUUUUAGAGAGAAGCAAGCAAGUGAAAAAAAAAAAAAAAUCUAACAAAAUAAAACCAGAAAGCCACAAAAAAAAAAAAAAAAAACCAAAACCAACCACCCAACAACAAACAACUCCACGAGGACAUCUCAGCGGACUUUCCAACAAUGUGGUUUUAAUCUUCCAGCUGCCUUACAUCCAGGCUCACAACUGAGGCUGAACUGCUAAAAUGAAUGCAGCAGAAGGCCUUUUGAAAUGCUGUGAUACAUGUGUGUAUAACUUUUUCCUUCCCUCUUAUUUUUUUUAAAGAAAAAGGAAAAUGUAAAACGUUGCAUUGUGCUUGUCCACAAAACCAUCCAUGCUGUGUUUGUGGCUCAUGACUGAGGCACCACAACUGCAGAAGUGUGAAGAAAGCCAUCAGGCCUGAGACAGCAUGUCUUCUCUGAUGGAUUUGGGGAUUUUUUUUGUUUUCACAGAGCAUCUGAUAGUUCAGCAUGUUGGAGCCAAGGGAAGACCAGCCCAGGGAGAAGGGAGGUGAGGGAAGCCCUG